CACUGGCUCACUGCAACCUCGGUCAGCUGCGCGCCUUUAAAAACCCCUCGGGUUUCCACCUUCGGGCAGCUAGCUAGCGCGCGCCGGCCUCACCUCGCGAUUGCCCGGCCACCCCGCGCGGCGGCGACAGCCGGCAGCCGACACCUCUCUGUUCUGCGAUGGCCAAGCCCCGGAGGAGCGCCGCGACGGACGGGGACUCCAGCGCCGCCGUGGGCGUUCGCGGGGAGCCGGCGGCGAAGCGGGCGCGGAGGAAGAGCGGGCCGCGGGAGAGCCCCUCGCGGCGCAGCUCCGCGUACCGCGGCGUCACACGGCACCGGUGGACGGGGCGUUUCGAGGCGCACCUCUGGGACAAGGACGCGCGCGGCGGGUCGCGGGGGAAGAAGGGCAAGCAAGUUUAUCUCGGCGCGUACGACGACGAGGACGCGGCGGCGCGCGCGCACGACCUGGCGGCGCUCAAGUACUGGGGCCCCGGCACCGUCCUCAACUUCCCGCUCACCGGCUACGACGAGGAGCUCAGGGAGAUGGAGGGGCAGCCGCGGGAGGAGUACAUCGGGGCGCUGCGCCGCCGGAGCAGCGGCUUCUCCAGAGGGGUCUCCAAGUACAGAGGCGUCGCGAGGCACCACCACAACGGGAGGUGGGAGGCGAGGAUCGGGCGCGUGCUGGGCAACAAGUACCUGUACCUGGGCACGUACGCAACGCAAGAGGAGGCGGCGGUGGCGUACGACAUCGCGGCGAUCGAGCACAGGGGGAUCAACGCCGUCACCAACUUCGACAUCGGCCACUACGUCAGCCACUGGCAGCGGCACCGCCACGGCCGCGGCGGCGGCAGCCUCGGCGCGGCGGACGCCGCCGCCCCGGUCGUCCCGUUCCAGCUCCCGCCCCCGGACGACUCGCCCGAGCGCCCCGCCGCCGCCGGACUCGACGAGACCACGGGCGCCGCGGGCUACCACGACGGCGACGGCCACCCGCGGCGCGAAACCGCCGCGUGUCCCUUUCUCGGCGACGGCGCGCAGCAUGUUGCUGACCAGGCGGGACCGCCGGCUCGUCACGCCGCACCCACGCCGUCGGCGCUCGACCUGCUGCUGCAGUCGCCCAAGUUCAAGGAGAUGAUGGAGCAGGUUUCAGCCGCGGCGAUGGUGGAGGCGGACAGCAGCAGCAGCAGCAGCUCUGCUGCGGCGGCGUCUGCAUCAUCGGCGUCGGCGUCGGAGUCUUCGCCUUCGCCGCAGCCGCCGUUGUCGCCGCAGCGGCUGCCUGAGAUCAGCGGCGGCACGGCGGCUCCGUGCGGCUUCCCGGACGACGUCCAGACGUUCUUCGAUUUGGAGAACGAAGACGCCAUGGGCUUCACCUUCGAAGAGGUUGACACGUUCCUAUUCGGGGACCUCGGCGAGUACGCGGCGCCCAUGUUUCAGUACUGCGACCUGGACGUUUGGCCUGCAUUGGACGUCUAGUGUUAAUGCACCUUUUUUUUUCUUUUACAAACUACAAAGAUACUUGUACUCAUAAUAUAGUAGGAUGAGAAUUGAGAAAGGGUACCAGGUGUUUUGCCUUGCAAGAGAUCAAGAGUAGGGCAUUAGUUCUUUGUACUUACUCUACAAAUUUUGCUCCAAAUAGUUAAAAUGGCGAAAUACGCGCUUUUUCC